UUAUCUAAAGCCACCCUCUCUCUCUCUCUCUCUCUCUCACACCCACAAAGAGCUCAAAGACAACAGUCAAUCACAAAACAAAACAAGCCCCACAAUCAAAACUCUUUUUAGUCCUAAAGAAAAACAUCUCUCUCGAGAAACCAAAAAAUUGAUGAUGGAUCAGCUUUGAAACCCCAAAACACUUCCACUAUUAAAAUAAAAAUCCAACCCCUUUUAUUUUUAUUUUUUCUCAGAACACCCCACCAUAAUGGAACUUACAUAUUCUCAGAACAAUAAGCAAACCAACAAUAAUACCAAUUUGGUCUCUUUUGAUGGCACCACCACCACAUCUUCAGCUCCUUCUUCUACUAGCAACAACAACAAUAGCCCUUUUAAUAUAACCUCCAUAUCUCACCUUCACCGCCGUCUUCUUCAUCCUACUACUUCUUCAACAGCCACCGUUAUAACCACUGCAACGCCGCCUCUUUCUUCUUCUUCUUCUUCUUCCUCCUCUUCCACUACUAAGACUAACCCUGCUCAGCCGGUUGAUGCUUCACUAGCUAUUGCUACCAGAUCUAGCGCUUCCCUUAACAUCGAUGAUUCUACAAAGAAGAAUCAACCCAACUUGCCACCGUCGUCGAACCCACCGGCGAAACGGUCCACUAAAGACCGUCACACGAAGGUGGAUGGUCGGGGACGGCGUAUAAGAAUGCCUGCAGCUUGUGCAGCUAGGGUUUUUCAGUUGACUAGAGAGUUGGGUCAUAAAUCUGAUGGUGAAACGAUUGAAUGGCUUUUACAGCAGGCUGAGCCGGCGAUCAUUGCAGCCACCGGAACUGGUACUAUACCGGCCAAUUUUUCGACUCUUAACGUUUCGUUGAGAAGUAGUGGGUCUACGCUUUCAGCUCCACCGUCGAAAUCUGCUCCUCACUCGUUCCAUGGUGCUUUAGCUUUGGCUUCUCAUCAUCACCCAUAUGAAGAAGGGUUUGCUCAUAGCGCUUUGUUCGGUUUCCACCAUCAACAGCAACAGCUGUUAAGGGCAGGUCAAAUAGCUGAAACUUUACCUGCAGGUGGCAGUGGUAGCGGUGGUGGUGGGAAUUCAAGUGAGAACUAUAUGAGGAAGCGUUUUAGGGAGGACUUGUUCAAGGAUGAUAACCAACAACAAGGAGAAACCGGUGACGGCGGUGGAAGCGGAGACGGUGACAGUGGCGGUGAUGGAUCCUCCAUUAAGGCUUUUAAAACUGGCUUACCUCAAUUGCAUAAGCCAUCAAAUAUCUUACCUGCCACUGCCAUGUGGGCAGUGGCACCAGCUCCCAGCAGUACAACUGGAAGUACGUUUUGGAUGCUUCCGGUUACUACUACUGGUCCCUCAAUUCUAACAGCCGCAUCUGGAGCGGGUUCAUCCGAACCCCAGAUGUGGCCGUUCGGAACGGCGAGUGGCAACACAUUGCAAGCACCCUUACAUUUUGUACCAAGAUUUAACCUUCAAGGGGACCUAGAGUCCCAAGGUGGUAGAGCCAGCCCUCUGCAAUUAGGUUCCAUGUUAUUGCAACAACAACAUCAACCGUCUCAACACCUCGGGUUAGGGUUAUCGGAAUCUAAUUUAGGAAUGUUGGCCGCUCUUAACGCCUAUUCUAGAGGCGGUCCGAACAUUAAUUCCGACCAAAAUAAUCCCAUGGAGCAUCAUCAACAACAAGGUACAAAUAGUGGAGAUGAAAACCCAAAUAAUUCUCAAUGAUGUGGUUAGUAGGCAAAAACUUUAAUUCCCAUAGUUGAGAUGCUUUUGAAAUUUUUUCCCUUCAAGAAAAUACAUUUAGUUUUUAUAAAUAUGGGGAGAAAUUAAGGUUCUAAUUAGCUACUAUACCCUUCUUAGUUUUCUUUGUUUUGAUUUGGUUAAUUGAUGGUUUUCAUUCUUCUACCCUAUUCAA